AUGGACGCCGCUACGAUAGAAGAGACAAACCGAAUACGUGUCUCCCUGGGAAUGAAACCUCUGCCCGUGCCAGGAGAAAAUGCCACCCAAAAAGAAUCAAUGUACGCCGAUGGCGACGCGCCAAGCACCCUCGAGAGCCGGCAGGCUCAGGCCUACGACAAUUACAACAAAGUGAUGGAAGCCGAGAAGGCCAAGAAGAAGCGCGAAGAGAAGGCCGCGGCCGUUCGGAAAGCGCGAGAGCAGGCGCAACGCAACGCAAUACUGGAAGGCAAGGGCUUCGGAGAAGCCGAAGAAGGUGGUGAUCUCAGCGCAAAAGACUGGCUCAUCGGCCAGAAGAAACGACAGAAGAACAUCGCCAAAGUCAGAAAGUUGGAGGAAGAGCUCGCUGCUGCCGAGGCUGAAGCUGCUGCAGCAGUUCAGUAUACUUCCAAGGACCUUGCGGGCAUCAAAGUUGGACACGACACUGCGGGCUUCCUCGAUGGUGACGAACAGAUUCUUACCCUUAAGGAUACAACUAUCGAUGAGAAUGAGACCGAAGGUGACGAGUUGGAGAACCUCGAUAUGCGCGAGGCCGAGAAGCUCGCCGCGAGACUUGACACCAAGAAAAAGAAGCCUGGCUACAACCCUCUAGAUGACGAUGAGGAGGGCGAUCGUGGUAUCCUGUCACACUAUGAUGAGGAGAUUGACGGCAAAAAGUCUAAAAAGUUCACACUCGAUACAAGUGGAGUAAUUGCAGAGCUCUCAGAUAUCUUGGAUAAACCGGUUGACAAAACGAGGAGCGGACAAAACGUUAGUUUGGACGAUAUUGUUGGUGAUGCCCCUAUUUCUUCGGAUUACAUUGAUCCAUCACAGAUCAAAGUCAAGAAACCCAAGAAGAAGAAGAACAAGAAGGGUACCAGACAGAAACCUACUGAUGACGAUGAAGAUCUGUUCCCUGUCGAAACAGGACCUGCAGGUGACUCCAUGGACAUUGACUCAAAGGAUACGGCCAUUAAGAAGAGAAAGGCAACUGAUGAUACCUUUGUGGACGACGACGAUCUUCAAGCAACACUAGCAAUUCAACGAAAGAACGCUUUGAAGAAACGAAAGAAGACCCGACCUGAAGAUAUUGCCAAGCUUCUCAAAGAGGACGAGAAUGAACCAGAACCAGUAGAGGAACAAGAGGGAGGUCUUGUUCUCGGAGAAGUCUCCGAAUUCGUUGCCGGCCUGAGCAAGCCUAGCGACAACGAAGAGCGCAAGCCCAAAAGACCAAGGACUGUAUCAAAGUCACCAGAACCUGACGAGGAUCACCCCAUGGGCGACGAUGCUCAAGAAGUUGAAGAAGAAAUGCCUCAGACAUCAGCCAUUGAGGAAACGGACGAGACGGGUAUCGUUGAGGAAGAAAAGGCUGUCGGGGGUGGCAUGGGUGCGACUCUAGCACUGCUCAGAGAACGCGGUCUCGUUAAGGAAGCAAGAGGUGACGAAGAGUACAGCAGUCUACGUAACCGAGAAGACUUCCUCACCAAGAAACGUCUCCUGGAGGAAGAAUUAGACGAGCAGACCCGUCGCCAGCGUGAACGUGACCGCCAGAGUGGCAAACUCGACCGAAUGUCAGUACGGGAACGUGAGGAGUACGCCCGCCAACAGAACAACUGGCGUGACCAGCAGCGAUCUAAACGCUUGACGGAGCUGUACGCGGCCGGAUACAAGCCCAAGGUCGAUCUCAAGUACGCCGACGACGAAGGCCGCGCCCUCGACACCAAGGAGGCGUUCAAGCACCUCAGUCACCAGUUCCACGGAAAGGGCAGCGGUAAGGGCAAGACAGAGAAGCGUCUCAAGAAGAUCGAGGACGAGAAGCGUCGCGAAGCACAGAGCAUGUUUGACGCAAGCCAGUCUGCUGGUAUGAGUCUGGCAGCCCAGCAGCAGCUCAAGAAGCGAAAGGAAGCCGGUGUACGGCUUGCAUAA